AUGUCAGACUCCGAUUAUACUACGGGUUCCUACCGAAUGGAACUACUGAAGGCCCAUAGUUGGAUGCCGUGGAAGCGCCGAAUGCUUGAAAUGCUUAUAGACCUCGGACUGGACAAAUAUAUUGCAAAGGAUGCAAAAGAGCCAGAAUCAGCCAAUCAGAGCGCGCCGACAACAGCAGAACUCGACGCACAGAAGAAAUGGCGAGAGGGAGAUACCAAGGCACGGCUAAGAAUAGAAUUAGCCGUGAGUGAUGCCGAGAUGGUCCACAUACUCGGCGCGACGACAGCGAGCGAAAUGUGGGAUCAACUUACCACGGUCAAGGAAUCCAAAGGCCGACUCGGAGUGUUGGCUGCUAGGCACGCGUUGUACAGGGCAACAGCGGAAGAAGGAUUCGAUAUGGCCAAGCAUAUUGCCAAGUUGAGGCAAAUGCAGGAGGAAUUACACGUCAUGGGAAAUAAAAUUCCCGAUGAAGACUUCCUCAUGAUCUUGAUCACAUCGCUCCCGGAAUCUUGGGAUAAUUACACAUCGUCCUUCCUGGGAUCAAGCGGAAAUAAACCGGAUCUCAAGUCCCAAGAAGUCGUGGGAAUUUUAAUUGAAGAAGCUCGAAGAAGGAAGGAACGAGGUGACUCAGGUGGUGUGGCACUGCAUGCCAAGGGAAAUGGCAAGGGCAAGGCUAGCCUGAAUACAGAGUGCUUUAAUUGUCACAAGAAGGGACACCUAGCAAAGGAUUGCUGGGCGAAAGGGGGAGGACGCGAGGGACAGGGACCGAAAGGCCGGAAAGGGCCGAAUCGGGCCGGACGUACACACCAAGCAGCCGAGGAUGCCAAUAAUUCAUUGAACGACACAUUGUAUAUGGCAAAUUCUACAUAUACAUUCUCAAAAUAUGAUUGGCUCCUUGAUUCCUGCACUACGUCGCAUAUUUUCCCUGUCCGUGAAGCAUUCUCAGACUAUCGACCCCUUACGGAUUCACCUAUCCAAGGUGUCAGCUCGAGUCCAGCCCAAGCCAAGGGCCGUGGAACCAUAAUUGUUAAUUUUGCCGUAGAAGGCAAAAAUGUCCGACAUCAAUUACGUGAUGUUCUACAUGUGCCAGAAGCACUGAACGGACUUAUUUCAGUCAGCCGACUUGACGAAACAGGUGGAUACCCUAUUUUUAGGAAAGGCAAGGUCAUCCUGAAGAAUAAGGAUGACACAACAAUUGGCACGGGACAUACAGCAAAUAGGCUGUACUUAAUGAAUGCACGGGCAGAGUUACCCGGCAUGGAGAAGGCAAAUCUAGCAACGCCAACAAAACUCACCUGGGAUCAAUGGCACCGAAGAUUUGGGCACAUCGCGAUCUCAUCAUUGCAAAAAUUAGAACAAGAAGCACUGGUCAACGGCAUGUCCGUGGACCAGAGUUCAAUCCCAUCACCAUUGUGUGAAGCUUGUAUCCAAGCCAAACAAGCUCACCAGGCUUUUCCCCAGGAGGCCGCACAUCGCUCCAAGACCCCUGGAGAGCGGGUAAUGUCAGAUGUGUGGGGACCUGCAGGAGUAAAGUCAAUAGGGGGAUUCAAAUAUUAUAUCUCGUUCAUGGACAACACGACCUGGCAUAGUCAUGUUCUAUUUUUAAAGGACAAGACAGAAGCCUUCUCGCACAUCAAAGAGCAUUGCAUGAAGGUAGAGCGCCAAUUUGGGCGCUAUCCCCAGUGGAUGCGAUUUGACAACGGGCGUGAAUUUGUGAAUUCAUGUGUGAAGGAUUGGGCGGCAGAGCACGGGAUAGAACUGGAACCCAUGGCACCCUACUCCUCAGCCCAAAACGGAGUUGCGGAAAGAUUUAACCACACCAUGUUGGAAUUAGCAUGUGCGAUGCUAAUUGCCAAAAAUAUGCCUUUAUUUCUGUGGGACGAUGAUGUGCCUACGGUGGGGUGA